AUGGCCUCCCACGACUCGCGGCCACUCCCCGACGGCUGGAUCGAGCAGUACGACUCCAACCACCAACGGACAUUCUGGGUCGACACCAAGGCAUCCCCACCACGUAGUAUUUGGACCCACCCGCUCGACGAUCCCGAAUAUCAGUCGUCGCAGCGCGGGGGAUACGCGCCGCCGCCUGGUCCACCGCCUUCGCAUCACUCGACUUCGAACGGCUACCCUGCCGACAAACCUUCUUCGUCGCCUGCUCCGCCUGUCGGGAGCAGUUACUCGCCCGCCCCUCAGCAGUCGACCUCCUCCUAUGCGGGCGACACGAAGAAAUCCUCAAGCGGAGGCGGGUUGUUCGGCAAACUCAAGUCCAAGCUAGACAGCAAGAUGUCUGCUCAAAGUCGUCCUCCUCAGCAAGGGUACGCGAGUCAGCAACAGGGGUAUGCGGGUCAGCCGAUGUAUGGACAGCCUCAGCAGCCGAUGUAUGGCGGAUGGGGAGGGUACCCGCAGCAGGGAGGGUAUUAUCAGCAGAGGCCGGGCGGGAUGGGUGGGAUGAUGGGUGGUGGCGGAAGGAUGGGAGGCGGAGGCAUGAACCCGGCCCUCAUGCUUGGUGGUGGACUUCUCGGUGGCGCGUUGCUCGGCGGCGCACUCGCAGACUCGCAGAACGACGCGUACCAGGACGGAUACAACGACGGCCAAGACGGCGGCGAUAUGGGCGGCGGAGACGACUUUGGCGGUGACUUCUAA